GAUAAUUCUGCGUCACUCGGUUGGGAUUGGGAGUCAAGAUCGGGGACGAUUUCUUUGCAGUGUUUGUCCAAGUGUCGUGCAAUGUGGUUCUUUACGGUGCAUUUUCUCGUCUUGACUGCUUCUGUGGCACUAGGAGUGGACGUAGUGACCAAAAGUUUAUCAUCCAUCGAAACAGAAGGUGAAAAGUACCAGCCAACGUGGGAAAGUCUCGACACCAGGCCCCUGCCUGCGUGGUAUGAUGAGGCUAAAGUAGGAAUUUUCCUUCACUGGGGCGUGUACUCUGUCCCCAGUUUUGGAUCUGAGUGGUUCUGGAAGAACUGGAAAGAUAACAAGAAGGAUUAUGUUGAAUACAUGACAAAGAACUACAAGCCAGGAUUCACGUAUCAGGAAUUUGCGCGUGAUUUCACGGCUGAGCAUUUUAAUCCUAAGCAAUGGGCAAAACUUUUUGAAAAAAGUGGCGCCAAGUACGUUGUGCUGACCAGCAAGCAUCACGAAGGGUACACCAUGUGGCCCUCAAAGUACUCCUUCAGUUGGAAUGUUCAAGAUAUUGGACCUAAGAGGGAUCUCUUGGGUGAUCUUGCAGCUGCAAUACGCGAAGAGAAAAAGCUUCGUUUUGGGGUGUACCAUUCACUAUAUGAGUGGUUCAAUCCACUCUACAUGAGCGAUAAGAAGAGCUGGCACAAGAACCAGGAAUUUGUCGAGCACAAAGUCUACCCGGAGAUGUUGGAACUCGUGGAGAAGUAUCAUCCUGAGGUGAUUUGGUCAGAUGGUGAAUGGGAGGCAAAAGAUGAUUAUUGGCGCUCCCGGGAAUUCCUUGCAUGGCUCUACAACGAUAGUCCAGUGAAAGAUACGGUCGUGGCGAAUGAUCGCUGGGGCAGCAAUGUCCUGUGCAAGCAUGGAGACUUCUUCACAUGCCAGGAUCGGUACAAUCCUGGUGUCCUGCAGCCACAUAAAUGGGAGAAUGCCAUGACGAUUGAUAAGAAAAGUUGGGGCUAUCGUCAUGAGGCUCAACUGAGUGAUUAUCUCACAUCCUGGGAUUUGAUUUCCGAAAUGGCUUCCACAGUGAGCUGUGGUGGGAAUUUACUGGUGAAUGUUGGACCCACGAAAGAAGGAACAAUUGCGCCAAUCUUCGAAGAGCGCCUCCUUGACAUGGGAAGGUGGUUGAAUGUUAAUGGAGAAGCCAUCUAUUCAACAAUCCCAUGGACUCAUCAGAAGGACGAAAAAGCAUUUGGUGUUUGGUACACAAGCCGUAAGGAGAAGGACAGGACAACGGUGUAUGCCAUUGUCCUGUAUUUUCCGAGUAACAGGAACAUCACACUGCAGUCAUUGGGUGGAAAAUUCGAUGGGAAAUCUCAGCUUGAAAUGUUGGGAUAUGAAUCAAAAAUUGAGUGGACUGGGACAGCUGAUGCUGUGGAAAUUGAGUUCCCACCAAAGGAAGAGAUGGACAUGCGAAACCUCAGCCUUGCCUGGACAUUCCGUAUCGAUUUGCCUGAAUCAACAUAGAGUGGCAAGAAGUUUUACUUCUUUCAUCAUUCCAUCCGCGAAUUUAAUCCAUGGCGCUUGAAAAUAGAAAAAAAAACUCCAAUUCAUCUAGCGCAAAAUUUCGACACAAUUCAUUACAAUCAAUAAAAGCGAAUUAUUCUCUGUGAAAAGCCCCAGUGUUGUAGAAGUAGCUGAUGCAAUAAAUCUCUCACUUGCAGAUCAGCCUCAAA